CCCUCUUCGGGGUGAUACCCCCCCCAGCCUCUCUCUAGACCGCUCUCGGACAGGAACCCUCCUCCUCCCUUCCAGUCGCCUCUCCAGCUCCUGGUGGUGGCGGCUGUUUACUGAACUCUCGCGAGGUUUCAGCGCAGGACAUCGCUGCUGCGGCUCGAAGCGGCGCCAUUUUGGGAUGGACUGACUGGUGCGAGGAGCUGUGAGCGCGGCGGGCGAGAAGAGGCGGCGGCAAAAGGACCUUUCAAAUUCGGGGGUCCCACUUUGUCUGGGAACUUUGCCGGUAAUUCUCUAGUUUUGAACGUCGGGGUUAUUUUUCAUUGCCUCCGAUUAAAUGAGGAAAAGCUUUUUCAAUUGAAAGGACAAUAUUUACUACCAUGGAGUCGAUAUGUUCAGUCACUUUCCACUUCGUGUUUUUCUGAAAUCUUCAGAACCUACUGUAAUCCAGAAAACUUAAGAACUUUUGAAAAUUUUCCCCUUUUCAUUGAAGACGCCUUGGACUAAUUUUUGUCCCUAUGGAAUGGAUAAUAUAAACUUCUUAGGCUCUGCAUAUUUCUUUCAAAACUUUAUUUUUCAGUUCACAGAAUUCAGGAAAAAUUGAGAUUGACUUAUUUUGCCAAUUAUAUUUAGAAAUUAGCUGUAGCUUCUAAUUCUUCUCUUUUUGGUUAUAGUUGAUGGCAACUCUUAUUUAAAUUUUUAGGAGGGUUAAUAUUGCUGCUUGCAGUGAACCCUAUUUCCUAUAUGAAGGCAAUGGACUUUAUUUUUCAUUUGCAUUUGUUUUUUAUAUAAAGAAGCAUUAUGGAAAUAUUGAGAUAGCUGCUGUGUGCACAUGCCUGAAUUAACUCUUAGCAAUGCUCCUCAUUUCAGAUGUGGAAUUUGUUCUGUUCUUUAUGUCAUAAAAGGAGUAUUUAUUUUUUUAUAGAGCUGAUGCUCAUUAUCGUGCAAAAUACAUGGAAUAGAAAAGUGAAGAAACUUCAGAAAACAAGCUACUAAAAUCAGACUUGUUUGCUUCAAGAAAUAAAUUGGCCAGAGUCCUUAUAUAUGAACAAUGGGUAGCUGAUUUUGGAGAGUCAGCUGUUUGCUAUAGAUGUAGUACCAUUAAGAAGCUCAGGAUAUUUCAAGGGAAGAAAACCUGGAAAACAAAUUGUGAGAAGUCGAUGCCAAUCUCUGCAGUACUCUUGGAUUUUGUUUAUUUUCAACAGAAUCCAGUGCUACCUCAUAUAAGAUGGACAAAGCAAUCUAAUUCAGAAGUAUUGUCAUGAGGUGUUGAAGCCUUGUUUCAUUGAUUGGGAGACUGGAUCUAAAUGGCGCAGCAUGACUUCGCUCCAGCCUGGCUUAAUUUUCCUACUCCACCACCAACAAAGUCAUCAUUGAAUUUUGAGAAACAUUCCAGCACCUUUUCAUGGACAGAAAAUCGUUAUGAAGUUAAUCGUAGACGGCAUAACUCUUCUGAUGGAUUGGAUCCUAGUUGUAGCCAUUCAAAUGGAGGGCAUUCAGGAAGAAAAGAAAGAAAUGGUUGGCGUUCACAAGGCAGAAAUGGAACAGAAAAUUUAAACUAUAGAGCAGGAUACCAUAAUGGAAGUUCACGUGCUCGCACCAGGAGCUUUCAGUCUGGUAAAAGCCAAGGGUCACAGGAAAACAAAGCAUCUGAAUGUGAGACUCUGAAAAAGGCAGGCAAGGAAGAACCCAAACAAUUUGAAGCUGAAGAUUUUCCAUCCCUGAAUCCUGAACAUGAGAGAGAACCAAACCAGAGUAAAUCGUUAGCUGAAGGUGUUUGGGAAUACCCUCUAAAUCCUAAAUCUAGAUCCCCGCGAAUGCUGAUUAUUAAAAAAGGCAAUACAAAAGAUUUGCAGAUAUCUGGAUUUCCUGUGGGAGGAAAUAUUCAUUCAUCACAAUUGGUUGGGAAUGGAACUGGCCUGAAUGUCUACAAAGGUUUAGUUCCUAAACCUAUUAUUCCACCAGCAAAGAUCACACAGUGGAAAAGCCAAACAAAAGAGAACAAAACUGGGCCUUCUUCAUUUCCUCAUGACUCUGCAUAUGGUAGUGGAAAUUUUAGUGCUUUAAAACCUACUGCCAAGCCUAUUGGAUCACACAAGUCAGUGAAAGAGUGUAAUCGGUCAAAUUCCUUAUCUCCAGUUGAUAAACUUGGCCAGCCUCGUUUAACCAAAUUAACACGCACACGCACUGAUAAGAAGAGUGAAUUUUUGAAGAUGUUAAAACGGGAUCCAGUGGAAGAACAUGAUGAAAAUUGUGUUGAGCAAGAGAAGGAUGAUGAUGAUGAUGAAUUUAAUUUACAUAACAGCAACAGUGGCCACCAAGGGAGGGACGUAAACCGGAAUUUUGAAAAUGAGAAUCCUCAGCAGAUGGUCCAGUCUUCAGCAUUUCCGCAGACUGAUGUCCUUUCGAGUUCACUUGAGGCUGAACAUCGGUUGUUAAAGGAAAUGGGUUGGCAGGAAGACAGUGAAAAUGAUGACACUUGUGCUCCACUAACUGAGGAUGAAAUGAGAGAAUUUCAGAUCAUUAGUGAACAGUUGCAAAAAAAUGGCCUCAGAAAAAAUUGUAUUCUAAAAAAUGGUCUCAUCUGUGACUUCAAGUUCAACCCCUGGAAAAACAGCACUUUCAAAGCAAUGCUUGAGAAUGAAGAUACAGAGACAAGCAGCAGUGACACGUCAGAUGAUGAUGAUGUGUGAAGAGUUGACGAUUUGUACUGCAUCUCAUGCAAUUUCAGAAAUGUUGAAAAAAGGAGAACUAUACUCUUAUGUAGUGAUAUGCACCAGUAGAAGGAGGAUCUUUGGGACUCCUCACGAAGGAACCUAAGAUUGUUAUGCUAAUGAGCUGUGUUGAACCUGAUUUUUAAUUUCUUUGUAAAUGGAUGUUGUAGAAAUGAGAACUUUUUUCCACAUUGCCUUUCUUCAUCACUGCAGCAUUUCUCUGACUAGCAAUGUGAUAAUGUAAGAAAAUGAGAUUUUCUCAUUUAAUAAUAAUAAAAAAGAUUAUGUAAUAUUUGGCAAAAGUUUUGUCUUAAAACUGUGCAGGUGUAAGGGAUAAAAUGGCAGCUUGACUCAGUAUGUUGCUCACUGAGGCAGAUUUAUUUUACAAUGGAAAUUUUGAGUGUUCACUUUGUGCACAGACAAUAUACAGGGAAGCAUGUCUGUUAACAAAAGUGCACUAAAACAUCUAUUUCCUGAACUGUUACAGUUCUACUUCUUGAAACAAAGCAGUAAUUCUCUAGCAGUUUAUUCUACAGUAAUUAUGAAAAGACUUGCUUCAGUUCCAAAUUUUAUGGAAGUGGUGUAAAUCAAAAGCUUUAUUUGGAUGCUGCAAGACCCAGGAAUCUGGAUCCUACAAAAUUGGUUCUGAUCCUUGUGGGGAAAAUAAAUAUUAUUUUGAUAAAUUA